AUGGCGUUUUUGAACGUUAACUUUGGGGAGGUUAAACAUGAUGAUGCAGAUGGAGAUGAUCAUGACUUGUUCUUCACACCCUUGUCAUCCCCAACAACGUUGUCCCCAAAAAGGAAGUCCUCCAAAAAGUGGUGCAGCGCAAUCUUGCAGCACAUCAAGGCUCUUCUUCCAUUCAAAAUGCGAAGAAAUACCUCAAGUGAUGAGGCCAAGAAGACGAAGGAGAAGAUGAACAUGAGGACAAAGACGAAGAAAUCGAGUUUCCUCCCUCCAGCAUACGGUGUAAGAACUAAUAGUGAUGAACAUAAUUUCUCCACUGAUGAUGCUUUUGACAGAUUUAUGCUUUAUUUGAUGCCCUUUGAAACUAGCGGAGGAGGUCGGGUCUACGUUGAUCAUAAUUAUGAAGAAGAAACUCAUGAAUUUCCCAGAUCAAUCAAUCCCCGGAAAAAAGUUACUUCGGAUGAUGAUCUCUUGAAUGAAUUUAUGCUUUCUUGGGAGCCCUUAAAAAAUAGACGAGAUCCAAAUUAUUUUGAUGAAGAAGUUGAAUUUCCAAGAUCAAAUAUCGAUCCCCCCAACACUCCUGAAGAAGUUGACGACAUUGUUGCUCAUGACAAUAACUUCAUGGCUUCUUCUAGGGUUUCUCAUGAGGUUGGGAAGCCUUCCGUUUCGAAGAAUAUUGAGUACGUCCGAGCUGUUAAUAAUAAUUUUGGUUGUAAUAUCUGCUUUGAACCCAAGGCUGCACACCAGUGGUUUGACAUCAAAAAUUGCAGCCAUGGUUAUUGUACGGAGUGCAUGGUCAAUUACGUGGUCUCCAAUCUUCAAGAGAACGUCACAACCAUUCGGUGCCCUGAACCUGAUUGCGCAUCAGGAUCGAUAGAGCCCGAGGAUUGUGACUGGAUACUUCCCCAAGAAGUGUUUGAGAGGUGGGAAAGCACGCUUUGUGAGGCUGCGAUCCCCAGCUCUCAAAAGUUUUACUGUCCCUUUAGUGAUUGCUCUGCGAUGUUGAUUAUUGAUGAUGAUGGGAGUGAGGUUGUGCGGCAGUCUCAGUGCCCGCAUUGUCAAAGGCUCUUCUGCGCACAGUGUAAGGUUGCUUGGCACGCGGAGAUGGAGUGCUGGGAGUUUCAGGAGUUGAAUGACGAUGAGAGGGGAAGGGAAGACAUCCAGUUAAGGAACCUUGCAAACAUGGAGGAUUGGAAGAGAUGUCCCAACUGUAAGUUUUAUGUGGAAAAGAAGACCGGUUGCAAUUUCAUGAAGUGCAGGUGUAGAGCUACUUUUUGCUACAGAUGUGGCCAGAGUUUAAGCUUGCCUAAAACCCAACGUCACUAUUGUUCCUAUUGUACGGGUUGA